AUGGCUCCAAGAGGCAGAGGAGGAAAAUUCUCCAAGCCCACCCGAGGAGGUGGAAAGAAGUUCUCCCGCGACCUACAGCCCCUCGACAGCGAGGGUAACGCACUAGGCAUGUGGCGCGACCCGCAAGACAAGCCCGAAUCAUCAGACGAAGACGAAGAAUCGUCGGAAGAAGAAUCCUCAGAAUCAGAUGGCGGCGAAGGACCCUCAGCCUCAGCAACAGCCACGGCGGGCGGCGAAUUGACACGUGAACAACGCCGAGAAGCCACACGACUGAAGAAGCAAGCGGCCAUCGCUCGAAAGAACAAAAAGACCGCAGAGGUCGGGGAUCUACCCAGCAGCGAAUCCGAGGAGGAGGAAGAUGAAGAGGACAUGCCCGCGAACCCGAACCACACGCAGAAGGCGAGGUCGAUGGCCCGCGCAGCUACCGGCGCAUCAGGCGAGGCCGAUGCCCCGGCGCGUGCUAAACCGACCGACAAAGGAAACCUGAGCAGGAGGGAGCGUGAGGCGCUUGCCGCGCAGGAGGCUAAGGAGCGGUACCAGAAACUCCACGCCGAGGGCAAGACGGACGAGGCGAAAGCGGACAUGGCCAGGUUGAGACUGAUCAGAGAACAGCGCGAGCAAGCGGCAGCGAGGAAAGUAGCCGAGAAAGAGGAGCGGGAUGAGCGCGAGAAGGAAAAAGACGCGCGUGAAGCGAAGAGAAGAGAGGCUGCGAUGGGAGGGGCCGGUGCCGCGAAGAAGGCUACCAAGGGCAAGAAAUGA